CGAGAAAGUGGCCCAUCGCAGUUCUGGUUCACCACUUGUUUGUUGCUCUUACAACGAACGACAGAGGAUUCAUUCUCAAUUCAUCUUAGCCCCUAAGUAUCUCGAUUUAUUGCCCAGUAUGGCUGACGAAGACUCUUUCCUGCAUCUCUCCAGGCCGCUGGGUCCUGCUGCCGUUGGCGCACAACCAACAACGGCUCCUCUUCGAGUCGUGAUACAACCACAGGCUCUCUUCUCGAUCCUCGACCAUUGUACUCGCCGACCGCCAGACCAACAAAGAGUCAUUGGCACCCUUCUCGGAACUCGAUCGGAUGCAGACGAAUCCCAAGUCGUUGUACACUCUUCAUUCGCAGUCAGCCACACCGAGACGACAGAUCAGGUCGAAGUCGAUAUGGAAUAUCAAAAAGCCAUGCUAGCAUUACAUCUACGAGCAAAUCCUAAGGAGGUCUUGGUUGGCUGGUAUGCCACGAGUUCUGAGUUGAACACAUUUUCAGCUUUGAUCCAAAACCACUACAGCAGCCAAGGAGAAGGCACAUUCCCAUAUCCUGCAGUUCACAUCACAGUCUCGAGUCAGCCCGGUCAAGAUGUGGAAGUACGAACGUAUAUUUCCUCGGCUGUUGGCGUCAGCCCAGAGAGAGCCGCCGAUUCUGCCGCAUUCAUUCCCGUGCCAUACGCAGUCAACUACACCGAGCCUGAUCACGCUGGUGUUGAGGCGCUCGCAUUGGCCAAAGAUUCAGAAACAAGGACGGCGACAGUUUUGACAGACAUUGAAAACCUGGAACGCGCGUUGGAGGACACGGUGGGCAUGUUGGAUCGGGUCGCCAAGUAUGUGGAGAAUGUGAUUGAAGAGGAGGAGGAGCCAUCGACCGCCCUGGGACAAUUUCUGCUCAACACCCUUGCGCUGGCGCCGAAGGUCGAACCUGCGGAUAUCGAGAAAGACUUCAACAACCACAUCCAAGACGUGUUGACGGUGUCCUACCUUGCCAACAUGAUCCGCACACAAAUGGAUUUGUCCAACCGGCUAGCAACGGCACAGUUGACCAUGGGUGGCGGUGAGGCUGGCACGGCGGACAAGGGCCAAAGACAGAAUAGACAGGGAGGUCAGACGAGACAGAACCGGGCAGAGAGCUUGUCAGUGUCGAACAUGUGAAGUAGAGGAUUAAGGGGUAUUAUGCUUGAUAUCUGAACCUUCCAUCUCGGAAGGUAUGAAGCAUGAUUGCAUAUGUCUGGCUCAUGGCUGCUUUUGAUUGCUGCGCCUGACCGAGCAGAAGCCAGGAGAAAAGGCGUCCGGAGUUGUCAAAAGUGUAUUCGACUUGGUCGAGGUGUGACUGAACGAUAUUGCCGGCGCAGCAACAGGACUAUCGCUGAAGGAAGGUCUGGUGCGCCGCCGUAAAACACUUGACGAGCAUGAUGCUCUAGACAGGGUGUGCUGCCAUAGAUAAAGGGCAUAUCCCUAUGCCGAAGAAUCGAUCACGACUGUCAUAAGCG